AUGAGCCAGGACUCCAAUGUUCGCCCACCAGCCAUCUUCCGGGCUGAAUCAUCUUUAGAAGAACAAAAUAAUCCGUCAGCAACGAGACCACGGAGCCCUUUGCCAGCACUGCAAUUGGCGACGGUGUAUUUUGUCUUGAUCUGUGAACCGUUGUCCGCUAGCGUGAUCUUCCCUUUCAUCGCAAAGGCUGUCAACGAGAUGGGUGUGACGAGGGGGACGAGUCCGCAACAGGGUACUAUGUCGGCCUCAUUGUAUGGCACUCACGUUGCAACCCUCCACAUCCCUGCUCAUGCAUCGCUUCCCGUCAGGAAUCAACGUUCUUUUUUGCACAAGGUUGGGAUUUUUCGCACGUUGGAGCUAACACUGACCUCGACUUUCUCCUACAAAGGCUGCUGUGUUUUGCAAUGGGGUCGACUUUCCGACCGCAUUGGGAGGAAACCCGUCUUGAUGAUAGGUUUAAUGGGGCUCACUGUUUCUAUGUUGUCCUUUGGUUUGUCAAAGUCUUUCACAAGCCUCAUUAUCAGCCGAGCGAUUGCGGGCAUGCUAAGUGGGAACAUUGGAGUCACGAAGACGAUGAUCUCCGAGCUAUCCGAUGGUUCAAACCGUGCGGUGGCAUUCAGUCUACUUCCUAUCGCGUGGACUAUUGGGGCCACUUCUGGUCCACUCAUCGGUGGCUCUCUUCAGCACGUUGCGGAUGCGUAUCCAGAAACAUUUACGGAUCCUUUUUGGACUCAAUACCCUUAUUUUCUUCCCUGUCUCGUGGUUGCUGCGUUCGCCCUCCUAACUUUGCUUCUAUGCACUUUCUGCACAAAAGAAACGCUUCCAAGACGACCUCGUUCCUAUUUUAAACGAAAUUAUGGGACUAUUGCUAGCCCCGUGGGGGAGGUCGAUGAGAAGGAGAAUCGAUCCAUAUCCCAAGUCCUAACAAAAGCAGUCAUUGUCGCAAUACUUAAUUAUGGCUGCAUUGCUGUCUUGGAGAUUUCGUAUUAUGCCCUCUUAACAGUUUUCUUAGCUGUCCCCGUCCGUUCUGGUGGGCUUGGUCUACAGCCGCAGAAGGUUGGGGUGGUUCUUGCGACCAUUGGAUCCCUCAGCGGAGUCAUUCAGCUUGUUGUAUAUCCCUCGGCAUACCGGAGGUUUGGUCUUAAAUUUAUAUAUCGGGCAGCUCUCCUAUCGUUUCUUGUCAUUUUUCCAUCUUUUGUCAUCAUGCAUAUGCUUGCGGAGUUGUCUGGCCUCGAUGAUGGUUCUUUGUCCCAUUGGCACAUAGUGAUGCUCUCGCUGGUGCUGGUAUGCAAUUCGGUCGUGGAUAUGGGUUUUAGUUCCAUCUUUGUCUACGUUGCCGCCGCGUGCCCUGCGCCAGACUUGCUCGGAGCGACUAACGGAAUCGCCCAAUCCGUCAUUAGUUUCACACGGGCCUUUGGACCGGCAGUCGCAACGGCGCUCUUUGCAUAUUCUGUGGAGCACAGACUGGCCAACGGAUAUGCUGUAUAUUGGUGCUUUGCAUCAUUCUCUCUCGUCGCACUUGCCCUUUCCACUCGCCUUCCAUCCUCAGUAGAGGAUCAAGAUGGACAUGACCACAUACAUUAG